CACCAAUCACAACCCUGCCCGCAAAGCAAAAUCUGUGCUCACCGGAAUAAAACAAAUUUUCAAUUCAUUUUUGAAAAAUUGUUAAAAACGGGAGUUAUCUUGAUUUGAUUUUAAAUAUUAGUCAAGUCGGGAGCCGAUGGAAGAUUUAGUUUCAUAAAUUUGGCUCAAGAGAGAUCCUUAUCUGAUUCAAAUUUUAUCAAAAUGUUGCUCUCGUCUUCCUCUAAGAAACUGGUCUCAUCAAUCCUUAACUUAUCCACGAUACGAGCCUUAUCGUGUUCCUUGCCCUCGCAAUUCUCAAAUGUUACAUUACCACCACCCCCAGUUGUCCUCCUCCUUCAGCAACCCUCCCGUUCCUUCGCCGCCAGAAAGGGGACAAGAACCAAGCGAGAAAAAGCCAAAGUGAAGAAAGAAGAGGUUAAAAAGGUUUUUAUGUUUGACAAAGUCCGAAAAGAGCUCGACCAACCUUACAAGAAACAGCGCCCCUUUGACGACACCAUUUACCCUCUCCCGAUUGACGACGUGUUCGUCUCAUACAAGUUCCGCUUCACUCGCUACCCUUUCGCCACGGCGGUGGAGAAUUUUAAAGAGCUUUACCACCCAACGAUGUACAAUGUGCCAGAUGCCCCCCUCAUUCUCCGAGUCAAUGUUGACCUCGUCUACCCCAACAGACCUAACAAGUUUCAGGACGGUUGGCGCUCCGUGAUUGAGAUGAAGGCACCCUUCAUCCUCGAAGGGAUGGUUCGUCCCUCGAUCCUCGCCUUUUGUCCGGAAGACGUUACAUAUAUUGAAUCAGUUUUUGCCGCCGGGGCCGACAUGGCUGGAUCGAAGGAAAUUAUUAAGAUGAUAUUGGAGGGUGAGAUAAACGCGAAAGAGUAUGAGUACAUCGUAGCCCAUCCGUCUAUCGUGCCAGAUUUGUCCCAGAUUCGUGGCAUAAUCAAGAGAAAUUUUCCCACGGUGAAAAACAAGACAAUCAGUACCGACCUGAUCCCAGAAAUUACUCGGCUGAAGAGUGGAAUUAAGAUCAGGUUGGAGAAGAAUGAUAGAGAGCCGGACUAUGGCUAUUUUGAGACUCCAAUUGGCACGCUGAACAUGACCACGCCCGAGCUAGAGUCUAAUUUUAUGUCAAUUCUGCGCGACGUGGUUCCCCGCCGGGUGAGUGGGAAGCGUCCGGAGGACUUUGUGAUCAGUUGCACCCUUCGCGUGAAGCAUCACGGACGGCCAAGGGAGGAGUUUAAGGUGGACUUGACACCACACUUGGUCGAGUUUCAACAGCAGCAGAAGAAGGGUGGGGCUGCUGGUGCUAAGAGAGGAGGAGAUGAAGAACAACCCCCACAAGGAGAUGCUGACCAAGAAGAAGAAAAAAUAGCGACAACGACGACCGCUUGAUAACCAUUGCCAUUUUUAUUACAUAUACAUGCAAAGUUGACCCAAGCAAGACUAGUCUAGAUUUAUAAUUGCUAUUGAUUUUUCGAAAAAUUAUUGUAUUGCUCACUAUUACUAUUACUUUGCACUACAAAGUUUGUAGAUUAAUUGUUGAAAUUAAUGCAACAGUUUCGACAAAUAAAUUAUGAAAAUAUUGAAAACGUA